AGGUGGUGGGCAGCGAUCGUCCUUGGCCAGAAUCUAUACAAUAGAGAUAUAUAGUUAUAAAGCCUGUCUUCUUUCUACAGUGCUAUAUUCAUCUAAAGAACUCUUCUCUAUAUUUUUUUUACUUCUUCCUCUUCUAAUUCUUCGUUAUGGCCGCUCUGUUCGACACAGAAAUCGCCAUUUAUGCCCUGCUGGCCCUCCCCAUCCUCUGGCUGCUCCUCCGCCACGGCCCAGCUGGUCUCCUCGGCUGGCUCUAUCUCUUCAUCUUCUGUGGCCUGCGCAUCGUAGGCGGGGUGUUGGUCAUCAAGGGGAAACCGGCUGGUGAUAUCGUUGCCAGUGUGGGGAUUUCGCCGCUCCUGCUAGCUAUCGAUGGCAUCCUUCAUGAAGCUCGUACAUACCGCAAGGCAGUCAAUAGUGGAAAUAACCUCGAAUGGAUCUUCGUAGGAAUCUUUCACGUCCUAGUCACCAGCGGGAUCGCCCUGGUCGCUGUCGGAGCCUCGAACCUGGAAAGCGCCCAUCCUUCAUCGAACGACUUUACGCUUGUGAAAGCCGGGAUGGGUGUUCUGGAAGCGUGUUGGGUCAUUCUUGCUCUCUGGGCUGUCUCGUCGCUCUUCUCGAAGAGUCGAAAUGCACUCGCCUAUAAAGAGGGAACAACUCUCCUCUAUUCCGUCUUUUUGGCCCUCCCCCUGGCUGAAAUAAGAGUUGUCUACAGCCUGGUCGCCGAGUGCACGCAAAAGGCCGAUCUCAACCCCGUUACGGGUUCGCUGGCGGUUCGUGUAGUCCUCAGCUUCCUGCCUGAACUCUUCAUCACCCUCAUCUUCGUCGUGGCGGGGGCUGUGACCAGAAAUGUCCCGGAUCCGAGGGAUUCAAAGAGGAGGAAUCAAGCUGUAGUGGUUAUUUGAUCUCUUUUCUUUUGUGUGUUUUGGCCUUUCAUGUGGCCUGGUCUUGCCUAAACUGUACUAGGGAUAGGGUUAUCACGUGGCAAUGGUGAUUUUGUUUCUCAAAACUCUCCCUCACCUUCGAAAUGUUUUCUUCGUCUCAACAUUCUUCAGCAGGCUUCAGCAGGCUUCCAUCCGACGAGUUCUCUGCUUCUCCUAUUCAUACUAGUGACCCGACAUUACAGAGUGCUGCUGACAUCUACCUG